AUGGAGGCCUUCACAGAACAACAAUCCCCUGUCAUCCACCCAAAAAACACCACAGCGGAGGAGGUCCCAACCUCCCAAGGUCUUCCCCUAAUCCUCAUCUACAUCGGCCUCCUCGUCAUACCAGGCAUCGUCUUCGGCGCCCUCAAGCGUUUCUCCAAACUCGACCGCGGAGACGCAAAGUCCAUCAAGGAUGGCAAGUUUCCCGGGCCUAAGCAGUAUCCCAUCAUUGGCCGAGUCCACGAUCUUCCUCGCUUCGGACUAUGGCUCAAGUUUAAGGAGUGGGCCGAUGAGUUCGGUCCCAUUUACCAAACGAGUAUGCUGGGGCAAAAGUUCGUCAUCAUCUCUGAUGAGCAGAUGGCGACGGAGCUCCUUGUCAAGAAGGGGAACAACUUUGCUGGGCGACCGCAGAUCCGAGCUUUGAUCAACCACAAGGCUGGGCCCGUCUACUCGGCCCUCAUGGACCGACAUGACAUGUGGAAGUACCAACGCAAAUGGGUGCACUCCGCCAUGAUCAACGCCCACAGCAACCACUUCUACGGCCACAUCGAAAAAGAAGUAAAACGCUUCCUCACCACCCUCGUCCUCGACCCCGAAAAAUUCCACACCAACGUCCGCGAGCUCACCGGCCGCAUCAUGAGCCGCCUCGCCUGGGACGACGCCAGCCAGGGCAAGACCAACGGCGACCAGGCCAUCGAGACCCUCACGCAGAUGUCCGUGUCGGGCCCCGUCGUCAACACCGUCACGCCGCUGUGGCACAUCAGUGACUUUGUGCGGUAUAACCCCUGGCGCAAGUUCGAGGUUCAGCGCGAGAGGAAUCUCAAGGCUUGGUGGCUUUCGCUGCUGAGAAGUGCUAGGGCUAGGUAUUUGCGCGGUGAGCUGCCGGAGGAUACUUGGACUUAUCGGUACUUUGAGCAGUUGAAGGAGGCUGGGAAUACGGAGAUCGAAAUGAGUCCUACGGACGAGGAGACGGCGAGCUGCAUGCUUGGGUUCCAGUGCCUGGUUGGCGUCGUUACCAUCUCUGGCCCGAUGCAGUUCUUCCUCAUGUGUAUGGCUCUGCAUCCCGAGUGGCUCAAGAAGUGUCAGGAGGAGAUUGACCGCGUCUGCGGGGAUAGGAUUCCCAACAUCAACGACUUCCCAGAUUUACCCACUGUUCGAGCUUGCCUCAAGGAGACUCUCCGCUGGCGAUCCGGUGUCCCUCUCGGUGUCCCCCAUCAAUGCGAAAAGGACUCCGAAUUCAUGGGCGUCAAAAUCGAAAAAGGCACCAUCGUCCUCGCCUGCGAAUGGAACAUCAACCGCGUCCCCUCCCAAUACCCCGACCCCGAAACCUACCGCCCCGAACGCUGGCUCUCCCCCUCCUGGCCAACCUACCAAGAACCCCUCACCAAAUACCCCAACUUCCGCGACGGCAAAGCCAUGCACACCUUCGGCUGGGGCCGCCGCACCUGCCUCGGCCAGACCCUCGUCGACGACGAGCUCUUCGUCGCCGGCGCCGGUGUCUGCUGGGGCUUCGACCUCGGACGCAAGGUGUGCGCCUGCACGGGUAAAGUCGUCGAGUUCGAUACCCAGGCUACGAAUUCGAAUGUUAUUCUGGAGCCGUUGCCGUUUCCUAUUGAUAUUAGGCCGAGGAGCAAUGAGCGGGCCGCGAGGAUUUUGGACGAGUAUAAGGAGGUUAGGUCUUCCCUCAAGGUCUAG